UCACAACAGGCCUGCGCCCGCAGAAAAGUUUGAAUUUCUAUUUUUAAAGAUGACAUGUGCGCCUAUCGCCGGAAUGACGUGAUUCACUGGGAGCGGGAGCCGGUGUAUUUGAACCACUUGUUGUGCAGUACUAGUGGAACCAGUGCUGUGCAAACUCGUGUGCAUUAGGAGGUGUACGGUUAUUGUCUGCAUAAAUACGGCAUGGGCGGCGGAAGGAGAAGGCGGGCAUAUAAUAAGAAGCAAGCCAAAAGAAAACGCAUGCAAAAUUUGUUAAAGCGCGUGAAUGAGGAAAAGGAAAAUUUAGUGGAGACUGAUUUAUCAGCAUUUUCUGAAGACUGCAGUGUAGACAACGUAUUUGAUGCAGGGACUCCUGAACGCCGCAAAAGUGUGAGUGAAGCAGCUGAAUCUUCUUGUUUGUCAGAAAAAAGGAAAUUAGAUUUCUCCCCUGCAAGAAAGAUUUUCAAGAGAACUCGGACUUCGGCAACGCCAAGAAGUGAACUGAAAUGGCCCAGCAGUGGUUCUCGCACACCAAAUCUAUCGUCGUGGUUAUUGGAGGCUGAACAGAUAUUUCGACCGUCGGCUGAUCAAAGUGAUGAUUUGAAGAAUAUUAGCAGCUGUAGCACUAUCAAGAAAAAAGGCACUAGGAAAGAUGAUAGUCAUUUUAGAGACGAGGGUAAAAUUUUUAUUCAUUCUACUCCAAAUAUAAGGCAAAGAACCCCAUCGCUUUCAAAGUUAGACCGAGUUGGAGCCAGUUGUGCAGACUGUUCAAAAGGGUUCUACAAAAAACGAACAAAAAGUUUGAGUUAUGGCUCAGUAAGUGAAAAUAAGAUAUCGUCUUCAAAGUCUUUGACCCAAUUAUGUUUAGACUACUCUACAACGCCAACAGCUAAACCAAAACAAAGCAUCAAAACACAGCUGAAGCUUGUUCAUCUGAUACAUCAAGGAGAUGUCAAAACAUAUGAUGCAGAAAACAUCCAAGUUAUGCAGGCUUCAAGUGCUGAUGCUGGACAGAGUGAAUCAAAGAAUGGGUUAAGCUUAAUGCAGUCAGCAAGUGGAGAUGAAGCUCAGAAGACAAUUUGUUCCUAUGACCGUACGGAACAAAUGAGUACGGUGCACAGUUCAGGCUCCAUUGAGAAUAGUGUGUGUUUGUCUCAGGAGACAACAGGAAGCCCAAAAGACACCAGCAUAAAAAGUAUAAGAGAGCAUGGGAAACCAGUUAAGACAUUAGAAUGUGUAGAAGAAGUGGACACACCAGCAGAUAGUGGAAACUGUGAUAUGACAUAUCAGCAGGCCUUGCAGAGCAUACCACCUCAUGUGCAAUGUCAGCCAUUAGACUUGUGUGAGCCAUUGAAUAUUGGUGAAGCCAUCAGGAGGUACAGAACGUCGUUUACGUUGAAUUGGUCCUCAUCUUUAGCAAAGCUCAUUGAACUAUUUUCGUGGCUAGCAAAGAAAAAAUCAACUCUGCCCUCAAUUUGUAAACUACUGGAAAGCGGUAGAAGAAUGAAAUUUUAUAUUCUAGGACUAUAUAUAUUGGUGUACAGUGUUUUGAAAAGGCUUGCGAGUAGAUCGUCCACAUCAGAAAGCUACUGCUGCAAUUGCUCUAAGCAUGUUUCACAGGUCGCCUUAGAAGAAAGACUCAUUCAGGUGGAGCGAGAACUGGCGACACUGCGACAGCAGUUGGCGUCGUGCCUGACUGCCAUUAGUACAGCUCCACCGCCACCUGCACCUUCACUGCCAUGUUCAACUGGUGCUCCUCCUCCCCCUCCACCACCGCCACCUCCUCCCCCUCCUCCCCCUCCUCCCCCUCCUCCACCACCACCACCACCAGGAUUACUGGCUCCCCCUGCAAAUAAACUGGGCAUUGUGAGCAAGAAGAAAGAUCACCAGCAGCAAAAGGCAGACACCCGCAUGACAAUAACUGUGGACGAUCUUCGUAAAGUGCAGCUGCGUAAGACACCGUCUGUGCUCCCAAAGAAUGAAACAUUACGAGGCCCUGUUGUAUCUGUGGAGAUGUUGCGAUCGGUAAAGCUGCGACCCAGCCACAGUCGGCGCAAGAGCACCUGUCGUAAUUAUUCACAGGCUGGUGUUGGUGUAUCGCCUUCUUCGUCCAGGGAAGGAUUUCCGUUCCAGAGGGUACUUCGGAAUGUUGAUACAAAUAUUAAGGUUGUGGACUCGUCUGGACAUACAAGUGCAGAAGAUUCUUUCAGGGAAGUGAAGAAAGCUAUGCGGAGGCUGAGCACAUCAACAAAAAGUUCAGAGGAGCACUGAAAUGCAGUUUGUUUUCAUAAAGAUGCGCAGUGGAAUGAAUAUACCUUUUGAAACAUCUGCUACAGUACAGGGCUAACAAGUUUUAUAUUUUUAAAGAUUAUCUGUGAUACAGUAUUUUAUAGGCAGCAUUUUUAUCUUUUAACAAUAAUUCAUAAAAAUGUAUUGUUGCA